UAUGCAUGCACUCUUGCGCCCGAGCUGUCAAACGCAGCCGAUGGUGUAACUUUCUAGCGACACCCCGUCCGCUGCAUCACUCUGUGCAAUAUUUACCAUUCAUUGUUCGUCCGUCGGUCAGCUAUUGCGCCUCCCAACUAGGCAAGGUGAUACGCUGCCGCUAGCACUGUGCACUCUACGCUACAACUGCGGGUCGGUGGGAAUCAGUGGCAAAAGGGUUCGGUGGAGCAAAGCAAAGGAACGAAGAAAAAAGUCGACGACAAGAACGCCGAGUUCCUCCUGCGAGUGGCUGCUCACCGAGAGGGCGUGUGAAGCGUGUUAGUACGAUGGUGUGGAAGCAAUAGAAAUUCGUUCGAUGCGUACGGAAAGGGCAAAAUCAUCGCAAAUGUCAAAGUGAGGCGAAAGCGUAUCGCAUUUUUUUUUCUCCUCCCCGCACAUCCCUGCACGACGUACACAGAUUUGUCGAGUGAAUUGUGGCAAACGCAAGGCAAACGGCACCGCAGAUUAGAUUAGAGCGAAUCCGAUUCCCACCGCAAGGGUGUGAAGGAAAUUUUCUAGCGUUGUUUCUAAACCGUUCUGCCUGUCGUGUGUGUGUGUGGUGUGGUGCUUUGUAAGGAGGUGCCUGUUUGAGAAAUUCUCUUUGUUUCUGUCCUUGCCUACUGUCUGCCUGCCUGCUGCUUGCACGUACGAAACGCAAGCAAACGAGUGUGUGACGAGGGAGGGCAGUCAGUGGUGGUGGUGGUGGCCACGACAGUGUGUGCAAGCGGGUGCCAGUAAAUUAGUGGCAAACGAGAGGGGGAGUGUGUGUGUGUGAAAGGAGAGAGAGAGAGAAAGAGAGAGCGAGAGAGCGGGGCAGGGAUUGCACCAACACACCGAGCAGCGGCCGCAAGUGCAAUUUUUUCUUCGUGUGUGCGCAACACUCAACGCUCGCGUACACAAUCCGGAAGUUCGCGAUGGAUGGUGAAUCGGAAAAACAGCCGCUCCUGAAGCAAGCAGCACAGCAACAGUCGCAGGAAUCAGGAUCAGUGCAGCCGGUCGUGAAUGCAUCCCCGAUCGGGCCGGACGAGGUACCGCCGUCGUAUCAGCAGGAGCAACAGAAUAGUAUUAUCGUGACGUGCCGCGUGUGCCAGGCACUGAUCGACAUCUCCUGGAAGAAGGAACAGCACGUCGUCAAGUGUCUGCAGUGCAACGAAGCGACGCCCAUUCGAAAUGCACCGGCCGGCAAGAAGUACGUACGAUGCCCGUGCAACUGUCUGCUGAUUUGCAAGAGCUCUUCCCAGCGGGUGGCCUGCCCGCGGCCCAACUGCAAACGCAUCAUCAAUCUGGCCCCGAGCCCGGUCACGCCGCCGCUGCUCCCAAUGCCCGGCAUGUGCCGCGUUACCUGCGGCCACUGUCACGACACGUUCUUGUUUGAUACGCUGAAGAACAAUCUGGCGAGAUGCCCGCACUGUCGCAAGGUGUCGUCGGUCGGGGCCGACUUUUGCCGCAAGCGUCGCAAUCUACACUUCCUUGGUGGAAUUAUAUUUUUGGCUAUCGGUAUCGGCGUUACAUUCGCAACCUACACCUACGUGAGGGAUUACGGUGGCAUAUUUGUGGCGUACAUCAGCCUUUAUCUCAUCUCCGUGCUGCUCUUCGCGAAGGCGCUCUACUACUGCUCGCUCAAGAUUAGCAACAUUGAUGGGCCGUUUACAACGGUCACUUCUUAAAACAGACUACCGUAAAGUGCAACACAUUCCUAACAUGAGCAAGCAGCAAGCGCCGGCGGCGGCGUCUUUUGCUGCGCAGCCCGUGCGUGUGCGCGUGUGCGUUUCGCUAUAGAGUCGAUGGAUGCGCAUUAGCAUUAGCACGGUGUGAUAAAAGCGGUAGAUAACAAUACAAAACAGUGGUGUGUGUGCGUGUGUGAAGAAACAGUUUGGAUAUGCAGCUCCAUUGGAGGAAUGAAUGGUGCGGGAAGAGAUGGUGCCACCAAACGGAAGGAAACAAAGCCCGUCGCGCAUGCGCAGAUCGGACCAAAAUUUACAGUUUGUGAGCAAACUAGAAGAGAUUAGUAAAGGGUGGGGGGAUAGGCACAGUAGGCACAGGCUAAAAAGACCGAUCAAAUAUGCAGCACAGUUGCAAAUGGGGGGAAAAAAAGAUUAAUCAAAAUUACGUAGAACAUUUGGUGGAACCCCGGGUUUCUGCCCACCCUCCGGGGUCCAGGUUAACUAUUUAGAUUGAUAGCGAAAAAAGUGCACGAAAGUAGCGUAUAUGGCUACGCUUUUUCGAAACCAAUUGUGCGUGCUUUUGAGUUGAGUUAUUUGUAAUCAGGGUAGAAUCAUACUUUUUCCGGUGGUGUGCGUGUGUGUCGGAUAAUUUCCCAUCACUUUCCUGUUGGUUUUUGUGUAGCAAUUUUUUCCCUGUUUUGAGAGAAUAUCCUUUCAAUUAACAAUGCCGCUGGCUUGCAAUAUUGUUUACUGUCCUUUGAUUAUGUGUUGUUCGUGUUUUUCUUCAUUUUUUUUAAAUAACGUUUAUACAGUCUUGAAUUAUUAUUUUUACCGCACUUAGCCAUGUAUAUUAUGAGUUUAAUAUGAUUGUAUAAAACAAGAGUUUGCUAGAGAAGAUGAAAAAAAAACAAGCAAAAAAAGAAACAGAAGCAUUGGAAGGAGGCAUGUGAAUGUGAGAAAAGUAAGCUAAAAAAACACACACAUUAACAUUACACAACAUAACUGAUAUUCGAGCGGAGGUGGGGCAGGUUUAAGCAGAACUAACAAAACCACACGAUAAUUGUGAAACAUUAGAUGUGGCCAUGAGAUGUGAUGAGGCUUGUUUGAUGUGCUCAGGAAGGCAGAAAUGAUGCCGGAUUGGGCAAUCCCCGUCAUGUAUGGGGGGGAAGGGUAUUUAAAUGUUUUAGGUAAAAAGCGUAUCAAAAGAAACAAAAGUUAGCCUGUUUUCAGUUACAACAACAGGGGUAGUCGGCACGAGAGAGAGAGAAAGGAACACAUUUAUUCAUGCAUAUUAUACAUAUGAAACAUAAAUUCAUACCCUUCACAUUUCAUACACGUGCAUUCACGUGCUAGGGGCCGGAGAGGAUGCUCUAACUGCUAGUGCCAGUGUCAUAAGCGUGUACCGGUUUGGGAGCGGGGAAACGAGCUCUGGCUGACGAUAAGGAACUGAUGCUGCAAUCUGCAUUGAAUACGAAUUGUUUCGGGUUUUCGAGAGCCGCCUAGAUAUACACAUACACACACAUAAACACACACCGUGGUUAUUAGCAAAUGUUUUACUAAAUAUUGAACAUAAUUAAGUUACGUAUCGAACGAGAAUGCUGUAAAUUGUCGUGUGCCCUUCUCCUAUCUUCGGCAACGUUGCUCCCCUUUCCCUCCCUCUAAACCAAUGUUAAUCUACUUGAGAAAUGUAAGCUAAAGUCAGCGGAGUACCGCCCUCGUUCUAAUAAUUGCAAUAUUUGUUGUGCAACUUUGCAAAAACCCCUGGCGCUAAU